UAUGGAGACAGAAAUAUAUUGCUGAAAAAUAAUCGAGCAAGUGCAGCUUUAUUGCCAGAAACUAAACACUGCGCUUUAGGUAGUUUUUUUAGAGUGAAUUUACGUUUUUAAAAACAAAACUCCAUAAGGGUUGGAAUCCAGUAGAAAAGUUUGAGCUCUGCGUGCAUACUGCUUUUGCCAGAUGGUCUAUAAGCCCAUGAACAUCGGCUAGCAAGAAGAGAACCCAGAAACCCACAGUAUGAUCCAGUUUCUUGCUUGGGCACUAUUAUUCAUAACUAUCGCCUGUCAUGAAGGACACGGGAACCAAGUGGAAGUACCAAGUGGCCAUAGUACAUGCCGAUAUUUACAUUUGCAUACGCCUGCCGGAAAUAAACCAGUUGGCUGCACAUGGCACUGCACAAAUAAAGGUGUAGGUGGUUCAACUGUAAAGUCUGAAAGUAACUCUCGCGAAUGCCUUACUGUUUCUCCUACAGGCUUUUAUGGCAUGAAGUGUGGUGUCAAUUAUACGUGCAAAUUAGGCUUAUGUGACGAACAAGACAAGUGUAAUCCUUCGAAUCUUUUUGUCGGAUGCUGGAAAGAAGCAGAUCCACAAAUAGCGCAUUCGCAAGUUCAAUCAUUUGGGUGCCCAGACUAAACUUGCGCCCCACAUAUAUGAAUUUUGCAGGGAUUUAAUAAAACGACUUCAAUCAACUUCUA